AUGGGUCCCGGGGUAUCCAUGGGUCCCAGCGACAUCCACGGGUCCAAGAGGCAUCUGGGGGUGUUGGUGGCAUCCGCGUGUCCUGGGGCCAUCCUGGUGCUGCUGGACUUCGCCAAGGCGCAGGGGGAGCUGGGCUGGCUCACCCAGCCCUACGGCAAAGGGGAUGGGGAUGGGAAUGGGGACAUCCAUAGGGACAGGGACAUCAUUGCGGAUGGGGACAGGGACACCCAUGAGAACCUCCAUGGGGAUGGGGACUGGGACCUCUCUGGGGACAGGAACAUCAUUGGGGAUGGGGACAGGGACCUCCAUGAGGACCUCCAUGGGGAUGGGGACUGGGACAUCCAUGGGGACGGGAACAUCAUUGGGGAUGGGGACGGGGACCUCCAUGAGGACCUCCAUGGGGAUGGAAACACCCAUGGGGACGGGAACAUCAUUGGGGAGGGGGACACCCAUGAGGACCUCCAUGGGGACUGGGACGUCCAUGGGGAUGGGGACUGGGAUGUCCAUGGGGAUGGGGACUGGGACCUCCAUGGGGAUGGGGACUGGGACAUCCAUGGGGACAGGAACAUCAUUGGGGAUGGGGACACCCAUGAGGACCUCCAUGGGGACGGGGACGUCCAUGGGGAUGGGGAUGGGGACGUCCAUGGGGAUGGGGACGUCCAUGGGGACUGGGACAUCCAUGGGGAUGGGGACCUCCACAGGGACAGGGGCUGGGACCUCCGUAGCCCCCAUUUCUCUCUUGGGGGGCAGUGGGACCUGCUGCAGAACGUGCUCAACGACUCCUUGAUCUACAUCUACUCGGUGUGCAACGUGCUGGAGGGCGAGCAGGAGAACUGGCUACGCACCAACUGGAUCUACCGCGGGGUGGCCCAGCGCAUCUUCAUCGAACUCGGAUUCACCGUCCGCGACUGCAACAGCUUCCCCACCGCUGGCAGCGGCUCCUGCAAGGAGACCUUCAACCUCUACUACGCCGAAUCCGACGUGGAUUACGGCACCAACUUCCAAAAGAGACAAUUCAAGAAGAUCGACACCAUCGCUCCGGAUGAAAUCACCAUCCAGGAUGAUUUUGCUUCCCGGAACGUUAAGCUCAACGUUGAGGUCCGAUCGGUGGGACCUCUCCGCCGGAAAGGUUUCUACUUGGCUUUCCAAGAUUUGGGAGCUUGCGUGGCGUUGCUUUCCGUUCGGAUUUAUUACAAGAAGUGCCCGGCUGUUUUACGGGGU